CUGAUGCUGCCUCUUUGGCAUGUGUUCUUCUGGCAACGCUCCUACUCCUGUCCUCUUUUUCUCCAUUGCCUGCCCAGGAGAUUUUUGGUUGGAUCUGCCAUUGCAGAGAGUUCAGCGUGGCAAGCAGACUGUCUCCUCCAAGGAUACCCAUCCCUUACCCUGCAUCCCCAACCCUAUUGUGUGUUUGAAUGUGGGAGAUGCCAUCCUUUUCCAGCUUACCAUCCAUCCCCACAAUCGCACUUCCAGCCACUACCCCGUCUAUGAGAAACAACAUCUGUACAACAGCAAUCCUGUCUGGGAUUUUGGUCCUUUCCGAAGACUGGACCACCUUAUUCGGGAGACUCACCUCAACAUCUCCAGGUUUGCCCAUGUUUUCCUAGAUCCUGGGAGAUACGUUUUCAGGGAUAACACCGUCCGGGAGCGUAUCUUGAUUGUGGCUGUAAAUGAGGAGAACAUGGUCUGUGACCCUGUCAGUGCUUCCUUCCAGCCCUCCUCUCCAUACCAGCUGGCCAGACACGGGGUUCUGAAACAUCGGGCACUAAAUUUAGCUCCUGACUGGGCAACUAUCUCAGCAGUGCUCUUUGUCCUGGGCUUCUUGAUGGUUGUGCUGAUGACCCUGGCUAUCAUGCUGAAGCCCCCCCUUUCCAGCCCAAGUCCCAUGAACAACUGGAAGCCACGGUGGAGGAGCCUGGGUGAGCCACACAUCCCACCUGAGUACAUCUUCAUUAAAGACAGCCUUCAGUUCUAUGAAGCCCUUGGUCCCCGGGGUUCUGGAAGAGGAGCUGAUGGUAGAGAGAAAGGAGUUAUCCAUGGUCCAGGCAAGCAGCCCGCACUGAGGGACCUGGAAGAUUUCAGCGUCCGCACCCUAUAUGAUAAACUGGAGGACCAAAACCUUCACCUGGCUUCUCAGAUGGCAAAACACAGGGUGGAUGUGUUGGCCUUUUACAGGGCGAUCAGCCAGAGGAUCCAGGGUCUGAUGGACAUGGUGCAAACUCUGGACUCUGAAGGGCUGAAAGACCUCUCCAGGCAAAGCAUCUCAGUGCAUAGAACCCAGGGGAGCACCCAGGCGGUCAUGGGCAUUGGGCGAAAUGACAAAUUGACCAGCAGAGACUUUCAAGCAAUAGACCACACAGGUGCUGAGUGGCAGGAGGCAACAGAGUUAAUGAAAGCUCUGAAAAUUCUUCUUGGUAAAGUCCAUUAUGAGAAGACAAUUGUGAAGCAAGAGCCAUCGCAGCACGUACAGGGACAGGAUGAGACGGCAGAAUCCAGUCUGGCCAGUCAAAGGAAAGCAGGAGCGGAGGGAGGGCAGGAUCCUGUCGGGCUCCAGCACUAUGGAUGCUCCAAUAUGAAAGGCCCUUUUGUCACCUGUGAAGAACAAAGUCUAGGUCCUCAGCCUGGGAGGGCCAUGCUGGCCUGUCUGACUGAGCUUGAAGUGGAGAGUCUGAUGGCAACUUCCCCCCUUGCCAGGACCCUGCGUGAGAUCAGGCAGGCUUUGGAGAAGCAGCAGCAGUGUCCUAUUGCUUCUGUUGCAGGAUCUACAGCAGCUGCCACUGCUCAUUCUUGCUUCCAGAUGGAACUCAACAAAGGCAUCACAGCUCUAGCCAAUGCCUUUUUCCAGUGUUCCUGGGGAGCAGUAGAGAAGGAUCCUGCAGAUGAUAAACGAUCCACUUGCUUUGACUCCCAGACAAUAUUUGAGGAACUUCUGAGCAUCCAAAUGUCGCCAGAUCCCCAAUUCCUUGAGAAAUCCCAACAUGAAAGGUGA